UCGCAAUAUGACCGUUACAAUCCCACAAUUCAAAAUUUCCUCAGAAAUUACAACGAUUAUCAAAGAAAAGAAAACAACCAUUUUCACAUUUUAACUCAACUUCGAAAAUGGCAAUGGAGGACCAACAUCAAGAGCUCAAGGACCCAGAAAUGGAGGAAGCAGAAAUGCAACUUCUCAGAUCUAAAGCCACAGAGCUCCUGCUUAGAGAAGAAUGGAAUGACGCCGUUUACACCUACUCUCAAUUCAUCACCAUCUGCAGAAAUCAAACCCCGACUACAAAUCACCAUCUUCUCAAGCUUCAAAAAUCUCUCUGUUUAGCCCUCUGCAACCGAGCCGAAGCACGAUCCAAGCUCAGAAAUUUCGAAGAAGCCUUAAAUGAUUGCGAAGAAGCUUUGAAAAUCGAGAGCACCCACUUCAAAACUUUGAUCUGUAAAGGUAAAAUUCUGCUGAAUCUCAACAGGUACUCUUCGGCAUUAGAAUGCUUCAAAACAGCUCUGGUUGAUCCACAGGUAAGUGGAAACUCCGAUGAUCUUAAUGGGUAUGUUGAGAAAUGCAAAAAACUCGAACAUUUGUCAAAGACUGGAGCUUUCGAUCUCUCUGAUUGGAUUCUAAAUGGGUUUCGUGUGAAAUCCCCAGAUUUGGCUGAAUUCAUCGGUCCAGUACAGAUUAGAAGAUCUGGGAUUAGUGGACGUGGGCUGUUUGCAACGAAGAAUGUAGAUUCCGGGACUUUGCUGCUAGUAACCAAAGCAAUCGCGAUUGAAAGAGGGAUUUUGCCAGAAAAUAGCGACGAAAAUGCCCAAUUGGUAAUGUGGAAGAAUUUCGUCGAUAAAGUCACAGAUUCUGUCACAAAAAGUACCAAAACAAAGAAUUUGAUUAGUUUACUCUCGUGUGGUGAAGUAGAGGAGGAUCUCGAGGUUCCUGAAAUGAGUGUCUUCAAGCCAGAAACAGAGGAUCAGAUUAGCCCAAAUGAAAUGAGUAACAUCCUCAGUGUUUUGGAUAUCAAUUCCCUAGUUGAAGAUGCAGCUUCUGCUAUAGUUCUUGGCAAAAACAGCGAUUACUAUGGAGUUGGGCUGUGGGUUUUACCUUCUUUCAUCAACCAUUCAUGUAUCCCCAAUGCCAGACGCUUACACAUUGGAGAUCACAUUAUAGUCCACGCAUCUAGAGACAUAAAAACAGGGGAAGAGAUCACAUUCGCGUAUUUUGAUCCUCUUUCGUCGUCGAAAGACCGCAAGAGAAUGUCGGAGACAUGGGGCUUCAAUUGCAAAUGCAAAAGGUGUCGAUUCGAAGAAGAAAUCAGCAACAAAGAAGAGAUGAAAGAGAUUGAAAUGGGAAUGAACGGGGGAAGUGAAAUGGGAGCAGCAAUUUACAAGUUGGAAGAAGGAAUGAGGAGACGGAUGGUGAGAGGAAAAGAAAAAGGGUAUUUGAGGGCUUCAUUUUGGGGGGCAUAUCAUGAAGUGUUUAGUUCAGAGAAGGCAAUGAAGAAAUGGGGAAGAAGAAUUCAAGGAAUGGAAAUGGUAGUGGAUAGUGUAGUAGAUGCAGUGGGGAGUGAUGAGAGAAUGGUGAAAAUGAUGGUGGAAAGGUAUAAGAGAAGUAAUAAUAAUGGUGGGGUUUUGGAAAUGGAGAGGAUUUUGAAGUUGGGGAGAGGGGUUUAUGGGAAAGUGAUGAAGAAACAGGCUUUGAGGUCUCUUCUUGAACUUGGCAGCCAUGAAUAUGGCUACUAGAGCUUUUGUUAGCUAUAGAUUACCCUACUGUUUUCCUCUGUUUUGUUCUUCCCAUUUGCUUCUGUUUUGUGAAGCCUAUGGGGCACAGAAUUAGUUUUUUAUUGUACGAAUUGCUUCCUCCUCAAAUUAGAGAAGAACAUAUUCAAUAAAGACUCAAACAACUUGUUUUAUUUCAUCAUGGUAAUUUGUGUGGUGGGGUUUAGGUUUGUUUAUAAUUAUUUUGUGUGGGUAU